AUGUCAAAAGGGCCAACAACUCGAUCAAUCGACAUAAAAUGUCAUCGGGAUCGUUGUUCUUUCUACUUUCAUUUUCGAAAAAUGACAGACAACAGAGCUGUAAAUGCUGUCUUUGAAAAAGUUUCUUUUGUGAGCAAGAUCAGUACUGUUUUGAAAGCCACAUCUGAUGAUGAAUCUGCCAUACCAGGAUAUCUUUACAUGGAAGUUUGUAAUAUCACUCUGGAGUCAGAUGGGUAUAGUGAGUCCAUGCUAGAAUACCUAGUAGAUAGACUAAACAAAAAGUCCUGUCAUGUUAAAAUCAAGGUAAUGAAAUUAAUGAAACACAUCUUAAUGCAUGGGAACCCUCAAUUCAAGCUAGGCUUGAUGAAGUGCUCCCAGGGUAUCACAGAAGCCAAAAAGCACAGUGGGCCACCAGAUCCCUUACAUGGGAACAUUCCUUAUCUUGCUGUGAGGAAAACUGCAAAGGAAUUAUUGGAGAUGCUUUUUGACACAGAGAACUUUCCAACUACAAGCAAACCCAUCCCGGCAUCCUCAGGUUAUGGAGCCCAGUCAGGUCCAAAAUCCAAGAUGGAAGGGUUUGGAAAUACAGCCUCGCCUCAGAAAGUAGGGAUUGGGAAAUCCUUGCUACAAAAUAUCAGCGAUUUUGCCCAGCAGCUUAGGGAGGAACCAGAGAACCCCCAGAGGGCGGUCUUAUCCUCCCUGGAGAACCCAGGGUCCUAUAAACCUCCAGUCGACCUGACCUUCUGUCCCCCCGGAGACACCCUAGAGGGCAUACAGCCUGUGACAGGACGGAAAGAGGUUGUUCACAUCCCUGGUAAAGCAGGGGGAGGCUGGGACGAUGAUGAAGAUAAUACUGAUGAAAAUGUAGAGGACAGCGUGGCAGAACAACACAACAGUUCCAAUACUGACACUAGGUCUAGGUUAGACAGCAGUAGUUACGAGGACUGGAGCACUGAAGAGAACCUGGUGAAAUCAACCGUUGAUACUGGCAACGAUCGUCUGCUGACAAACUCUCAGAUAACAGAGUUCAUCAAGUCCUGCCAGGCCUGUAACUGUGAUAAAGUGUUGGAGCUGCUGUGUCAGAGUCUACAGUCGACAGACGGACCCCUACUGAUGAGAGCUCUGCUUUUGGUUGAGUAUUUGUUAAGAACAGACAUCUAUGGUAUCAAUCAAAUUUCUGAAGCUUGUGGUAAAUACUUGUUAAAUAUAUCAGAGGGAAAAGCUAGUCCACAGACCUCCAAAGCCAAAAAGAUCAUAAGAAUUCUUGAGAAGCUUCGUUCAACGCUAGUGGAAAAUGCAGCUUCAUGAUAUCAACAAAUGAAUGAUUAGACAGUGUGCAAUACCAUAUCAUUAUUACAGAAUGAAUUAAUGUAUGAUUUUAUCUGAUUAUUGUAUAAUUCCAUGUAAUCAUGAAAAGAGAUUGUCUCUUCACUAUCAUACUUGGUAUAGAUGUCUGGACUUUCAUGUGAUUUACGUUAGUCAUAUAGAUAUAUAAUACUUAAAUGAUCAUAAAAUGACUGAUUGUUUAUGCUACAUGUAUAUAAUUUUAUAAAAACAUUUAUGAUUGUAAUUGCACAAUUUUAUUGAGCCCCAUAACAUUGGUUCUGGUACAUGUACCAGUAUAUCAUCAUUAAACAUGUAAAUAAUU